GCUCGAAGCUUCUUCCUCACCAAGAGAUCAACCCCUCACUUUCUCUCCCCCAAAAACCCCAAUGGCCACGCGCCUCGCCCUCCGCCUCAAAUCCCACCUCCUCCGCCGGACAACCACCGCCCCCUCUUCCCUCAUCCACCUCCGCCCCUACACCAAAUCUCCGCCGUCGAUCUUCUCCUCACUCUCCCAACUCCCCCAUCCACAGCCACAGCUGACGAAUCUCCGAUCCUUCACUCUCCGCUUCCUCUCCACCUCCUCCCGCCGCGGCCCGACCCGGCCCAAGCCCGUCGACAUCGGGGCCCGGGCCCGCCAGCUCCAGACCCGCCGCCUCUGGACCUACGCCCUCACCUUCAGCUGCAUCGCCGGCUUCAUCGUCAUCGUCCUCAACAGCUUCCAGGACCAACUCGUCUUCUACGUCACCCCCACCGACGCCCUCGAGAAGUACGCCACAAACCCUAGCAAGAGCAAGUUCCGCCUCGGCGGCCUCGUCCUCGAAGGCAGCGUCGUCCAGCCGGCGUCCUCGCCGGAGAUGGAGUUCGUCAUCACCGAUCUCAUGACCGAUAUCCUGGUCCGCUACAAGGGCUCCUUGCCGGAUUUGUUCCGGGAGGGCCACUCCGUCGUGGUGGAGGGGUUCGUGAAGCCUUUUACCGACGAAGUCCGCAAGGAAGUGUCGACGAAAAGCGUCUCCGGGAAGGCCAGGACCGGAGAGUGUUAUUUUUCGGCCACUGAGGUUUUGGCAAAGCACGAUGAGAAGUAUAUGCCGGGGGAAGUUGCGGCGGCGCUCGAGAAGAACAAGAAGAAGCUUGCGGAGGAGGCGAAGGCCGGCGGUGAAGGUGGAGCUCAUUUGGAGAACAAUGCCGGUGGUGAAGCUGAUGGAGCACUAGUUAAGAGCUCUUAGACUGAUUGGUAUGAGUUCAAAUUUGUCAUUUUUUUAGUGAAGUUUCAAUUUUUUGUAGCGUAUAUACGUUGAUUCGAGAAGAGGGUUAUACUUGGAUAGUUGGAUAAUUGGUUAAUGUUUAGGCGAGGGAAUAGGCAUUGGAGUUGAGGAAGAGAGAUGAGAUUUUGGAAGUUUGAGGCUUUAAAGUUCCAAUUUUGUUGUUGUAGUAUGAUAUCGAUGGCGAAUUUUAUAAUGUUUUAGUUCGAUUUAGUAACAAAUAAUGCCAUUAAUUGGGAAUGGCAAAGUCGAUUGAAAUUCUCGGCACGUUUUGUAUCUGAUACUGGCUUCAACCUUGAGAUUUACAUCAGUGAAUUGGGGUUCACUUUGAA